AUUUUAAGGCUUCUGAACUAAAAUCAUUACGUUUUUAUUUUUUUAUUUUUCUUUUUCCUUGAUUACAAAAACUAUUUUUAAAAUAUAAUAAUGAUUUUUAAAUAUGAGUACACCUUUAUUACUAUGUUUAACAAUGUUAUUGUUUACAACACCACAAAUCCUUAUCAAUUACUGUCUAAUAAGAAACUUAAGUGUUUAGUUAGAACUUUAUUAUAUUUUGUUCUGAAGAAACAGGUAUGUACUCAGUAAGUAAAAUGAAUGGACAAUUUAUAACUAUGUAAGAGAAAAAAAUAUUUUCAUUGUGCUACUAUAAAUUACAUGAAAAACAUGGACUGGUGUUUUGAAAAUAUAAUAUAAAAAUCUUUUAUAUUAGUUCGAAAAAUAAUAUCCAGAUUCCGAAAUUUUAGAAUACAUAUAGACAAUUUAUAGUCUGUGAAAAAUUCACUACUUUUUAAUACUCACAUUAUACUGUAUAUUCUCCGGAUUAAAUUCUUCGGAUCAUUAAUAUUUAAAAAUGUAAGAGAAAAUUGGUUUGUCUAAGUUGAAUAUUUGCAUAACAGUAGAAAGACACAAUAUUUUAAAUAGUUUUAGUAAAUUUUUUUAAGUCAUUGAGAAAAAAAUGAGAGAUUUGUAUGCAGUACUUUGUUUUUCUUAAAAACUCCUAAAUAAUUUCAGAAAAAAAGAUGACUGAUACAGCAAAUUAAAGCUAAGUUAACUGGAUCGCUAGCUGUAAUAAAAUUAGGGAAAGCUGCAAUGUUUUGUCACAUAAAAAAUUUGACAUUUUUAAAAAUAUUCAAAAUUUUAAAAAUAGAAAUAUGAGUCAAGAUUUUACUUGUAGUUCCUAUAACAUGAAACCUAUUGAGCUGUAAACACUUGUGUGUAUACAAUUUUGUAUUCUCAUGAGGUUUUAUAUGCACACGGGAUUCUGCAGGAACAAUAACAUGUAUGUAUAUAAAUUUUAUGUAGUUGUAUAUAUAUAUUUUGUUUUGCGAAAUUAAAUGAUUAUGUAAAAGAAAUAAUUAUAUUUGCUAUAAAAAUUGCUGACUUAAUUAAUAUGAUGGAGAAUUUUGCUACCCGAUACUAUACUAUUUGAUUUAUUUCCGAGCUUUAUCAAAAUUACACAUAACUAUACUUUUCUCUUAUACAAUAAUCAAUUAUAACAAAAAAUUUGCUCUAACAAAAUUAAUUUUUGUUAAUUUUAAUAAUUCUUUUUUGGUUAAUAAGUUUUACAAAAACAACCGCUUCUAUUAUGUUUACUACAUACAUCUAACUUUUUUUUUGUUGAGUUCUAGAAAAUUAAUGCAUGGCUCAUCACUAAUUUAAUACACCCUUAUGAUUCUUAUGAUUCAACAUUAAAUAAUUUUAUCAUCUUGCAAUCACUAUUACUUAUUGUAAAUAUUUUUUGUUAGAAAAGAUAUCAAAGGAGCCGUUCCAUUUUUUAUUAAUUAAUAUACUUUUGGUAAAGUUUAAGAAACUAUAAGUACACAAUUGUAAAACUUAACCCUUUUAUGAAUCAUUUAAUAAUGACUGUAAAGAGAAAUAAAAAUUUACAAUUUUUUAUUUGCAAAAUAUAUACGAAUAGCAAGUUAUAAUUUAUUAGACUUUGACGAGUUUAAGAUUCGUUGCUUAUAAGAAAUGAAUCGUGAAAAUUAUAGUGGGAUUUUUUAUUUGUAUGAAUGAUUUUUAAAAAUAUCUUGACUGUUAAAAUCAUAGCUAUGAUUUUAGUGAAAAUUAAGCAUCAUAAAGGCUCCUGGCGAUAUCUCAUCAUUCACAUGUGUAUGUAGCCUAGCCUGAUUAAUUUGGUCUAAAAAUAAAAUUCUCCAAAAUUUCGGGGUUCAAAAUUUUAUGAAUUAAUAAUAAUAGCCUAUACAUUAAAGUGAUAAAAUAUUUGAAAGUGAUAAAAAAUUGUAAAGCACUUAAAAAAAUCUUUUUGUUUGUGUGCGAGCACAAUAUUAUAAAAUAUCUUUGAUUAUAUAAGGAUUAAAUUUUUUAAUCUGUAAAUAGUAUAGAGGUAAUAAAUUAAACCUUUGCUUGUAAUAAAUUGUAAAUUAUAUAGAUUAUAAAAAGUAAACUGAAGAUAAAAAAAUUAUACAAUGUGUAAUUAAAAAUUAAUGAUGGUUUAAAAGCUAUUUUGGGCCUAAACUCUAUGGUAAUUAUUAAAAAAUUAGUCUUGCAUAGUAAAGCUAUACUGCAAUUUUUCAAUUUUAAAUCGAAUACAUAAAAUCCUCUAAAACCGAAAAUUUAUUGAAUUUUGUUUAAUCUAAAAAUGGUUUAAGCUUUCAAGGUCCGAUGUAAUUGUCAAGUUAACUUAAAAUUUGAAAAUAAUCUUUAGCAAUAUAAAAAUUGUCUAAAACCUACUUUUACAAAUCUUCCGAAUAAAAAUUUUUUAAAAUUUACAAAUUUUUUGAGAAAAUCCAACUCAUCGAUUCAUACAUCGAAAAUAAACAGAAAUACAGAACCAAGAGCAAAAUUUCUUUUUUACUUUUUGUACCAUUAAAGAGUUUAUUCAUAAAAAAACAAUAAAGGAAAACAGCCUCACCCCUUCAUUUUCGUGGACCAUUUGAAUUUGAAUUGAAAUUACUAUUCUCUAGUACUUUAAUUUCAAUAUAAAUUGUGCGAGAAGGCUAUUAAGAGACAUGUAAGAGACUCCAACAUAAUCCCUUCAAGUGUUUAUAUUACUAUGUUCGGGCCAUUUGGUAUGAAUUGGAAUGAGGAAUUUUAGAAUUAAAUAUUCUAGUUAGAAAAUUGAAUGCAUACUUUAAUCAUUGAAAUAUAAAUAUCAUAUAUCUUCUCAUAGAGAUUUGGGAAAUUUUUUAGUAUUUUAGUAUUUUUACUAAAAUACUAAAAAUUAUGCAUAUGUAAAAGGGUAACAAAAUUGAAGCAAUCUUAUAUUUACUGUCCAUUGUUACAAUUUUAAUUUGGUUUCCAGGCUAAACAAAACAAAUCAUCUUUCUCUUUAGUUUUCUUCAUUAUAAUUUUGAUUUUCUUUUCAUAAGAACUUGACCUUGAUCGCAACCGUUUAUUUUUUAUUAUUCAUUGAUACCAUAAUUUCCCUUUGAUAUUGCGCUAAAAAUUUUACUAUUAAAUAAACAUCACAUAUUUUUAUACACAUAUACAUAAUGUGUACGUAUGCACACUUUUGAUGAUAAUUAGUUAUCUAUUACCAUUAUACCUAAACUUAUUUCUUUGAGAUAUGAAUUUCAAAAAUAAAAAUAAAAAAAAUAGUUGCUCAAAAGGUGUAGAAUUCAAACGCACAUUUUAUACAUUUUCAAUCUUUUUAAACUUAACCUACUCGGUACCUAUACGAACAAACCCAUUUAUUUUUUUAUCAAUUUUUGCGAUUUCUAAUGUUAUUGACUUGAAUUUUCAAAGCUCUCUUAUACCUUAUCUAUAUAAGUUUAUUAGAUAAGGAAUAGAGAAAUAGAAAGAAAAAAAUAUAUUUAUUAUCUAAUUAAUAUUGAAUUUGUUCAAAGUUCUUUUUUUUUAGACAAGUUUUUGAAGUCAAACCAUUAAUUUUAAAAAUAAUUUUUUUCUAAUUUUAAUAAGAUUUUUUUCUAAAAAAAAAAAUAUAUAUAUUUUUCGAAUUUCUAUAAUGAAUUUAGUUGAAAAAGAAUUUUUAGAUGAACAUAAUCGUCUUCGAGAUAUACAUGAUUGUCCACCACUAAGAAUUAAUAAUAAAUUAAGUGAAUUGGCACAAGAAUGGGCUCAACAUUUAGCACGAAAAAAUAUUUUACAAUAUCAAAAAAAUGUUAAAUAUGGACAAAAUGUAUUAGUAUUAACGGAUACAAAAAUCAAUCCAAAAUCAAUUGUUCAAACAUGGUAUAAUGAAAUCAAAAAAUAUAAUUAUGAUCGUAGUGAUGGUUUUUCAUCAGGAUGUGGUCAUUUUACACAAAUGAUAUGGAAAAAUAGUAGAGAAAUUGGUAUUGGUUAUGUACAAAGGAAUUCGAAUAUUUUUGUUGUUGUUAACUAUGAUCCACCAGGAAAUUUUAUCGGACAAUAUAAUGAAAAUGUACCGAAACCAAAACAUUCGCCAACAAGAUUAUUUUGUUUUUUUCAAUAAUUUUAAAAUAUUAUUCUUUAACAUUUUAUUUUAAUAUUAUAAAAAUAUUUUUAAUUAAAUAUACAUACACAUACAUUAAUAAUUUGUUUUAAUUUUCAGA